GCAGCUUUGGGGUUGAGGCAGUUCGGGCUCGAGCCGCUUAGCAGGAGCUGGUCACCUGCCAUGUGUUUGCCCGGUUGCAUUGAGAAUCACACCACUGCCCUCCUCACCUUCAACCACCCGGAUCAUUUUAACUGGUUUCACCGGCUUACCGUGGCUUUAGCAUCUGUGCGGUAAAUUUAGGGCAUGGCUGUUUGCUUGUCUGCUCGUCUGCCCGGUGGUUUAAACCGGUAAACCGAAGCUGGGACUGUCAGUUGUGUUGGUGCAGUGUUCUGCGUCUUCCACGAUGAGGCCGAGGUCCAGGAGUAGAGAAAGAAGGGAGAGACCGAGGGAGGACGAGGUGAAAUUUGAGGAGAGUGAAAUGAUCCCAAAGUCCGGAAAAUCUCCAGCAGACUCACGGAAAAGUGUCGGCAUCCAUGAGUUUGCAGCUCUCGCCAGAUCCUCCUUAAAUGGCAUCUCGCAGGCAGUGAGGGACCAUGUGACGAAGCCCACCUCCCUGGCUCAGGGCCGGGUUGCCCACCUCAUAGAGUGGAAAGGUUGGCCCAGACCUGCGGACCCCCUGCCGGCCGCCCACUCCCAGUUCAGCUCCUAUUGCCAUCUGACUGAAGGAGAGAAGGAGGCCCGCUUUGCUGCAGGGGUGGCGGAGCAGUUUGCCAUCGCUGAGGCUAAGCUGCGAGCUUGGGCGUCUAUGGAUGACGACGACGAGGAAGACUCCAAUGAUGAAGAUUCCCCCAGCGGUGGACAGACUCACUCCUUCUUCUUCCAGAGCUCAGACGCCGCCACAUCCAAUCCUAUUACCGCACCCCCUUGCCAGCCUGAGGGGGGCGGCAGUGAGGCGCCACCCUCCGACAGUCCCCUGGGCUCCAGCAGCAGCAGCCUGCUCUGUGAUCGGCCUGCAUCUCACAGUGACCCACAUUCAUCCCAGACCACCUCACCCACUUUACCCAGCGACCGCAUGAGUCCGUCCCAGGAGGAAGAGGAGAGGAUGGGUGGUCACGGGGAGCAGCCGACUCCUUCGCAGGAGCAGUGCAGUGAGGUCUGCAUCCACCACAAGCCAGAGUGGAGGCCUCGGGGCCGGAGUGGCAGGUUCGACUCCUGCUACUCCACCUCGCACUCUGAGUCUCCUGGAGAGGAGGAUGAAGAGGACGAGGACGAGGAGGGAAGCGUGUUCCACGAGGCAAAGGUAUGGCACUGCAGCCCGAGGAGCUUCUUCUCGGACCGCGCCUCCUCUGGGGUGGCCUCGUUCGACGAGGAGGAGGAGGAGAGGGAGGACGCGGAGGAGAAAAAAGAAGAAAAAGAGUAUUUUAUGUGAUGUGUUGUCCAUCUUUAUGUCUCUUUGAGUCCGUGUUGAUUCUGGAUAUGACAUAAUCUAUUCUGCUUUCACUGUAAACCUCUCACCACCUCCUCCUCUUCCUCCUCCUCCUCCACUCACUGCCUUCUGUCUUGGCCUUCGGGCCUCUCAUGUACUGAUCUCACUCCAAUGUUUACCACUGCUGUGAUCAUCAAAGUAUAUCUGAGAGGUCGAACCAGAAUGUAAAGCUGUUGUUCAAAAUGAGUUUUGUACAUUUUAUUGUGAAGAGUCAUGUGUUGCUAUUUGCAUUUUCUAUGGAUAUUUUGUAGUGUUGUUUUAUUCUGGGUCACGCUCUGUCAUGUGGGUCGGGCUAUGUUUGAUACUGAAUGUCUGAAUGUCCUGCGUACACAUAUAUAUAUAAAUAAAUAUAAAUAUGAUUCUUUUUGACAGAAAAUUCUUGCCCCCCCCCCACACAAACACUUUAAUCUCUUAAAGGUGUUUUUUCUUUCAAUUUAAUCAUUCACUCAUGUACAAAAAACAAUUUCAUGUUCUCUGAAAAGUAACAAUGGCUGUUGGAAUUUCAAAUGCAUAAUUCUCUUCUGUACAGAGCGUGUAUGUAGCUCUCAUCCGUGUAUUUUCAUAUGUACAAAGCAUAUACAGGCCAGUGCCAUAUAAAGGGAGAUACUACAGACUUAUUGCUUAACUAGAUACGCUGCAAAUGAGCUUAUACACUCUCUACAUUUAAAUCCUUAUACGUUGUCUUAUAUGACGAGCACUACUUCACAUUCCAUAUGCAAACUAAAGAGUUAAGACGUUAAUAGAAUCGUAGCACAAACACAAGACAAAGAAAAUAUGAGCCCGAGUCGGGAUGUUGCCACGUAACAUUUUAAAUAUGGCUCGAAAUCAUCGUGCGAAGCUAAAACCCAUUUGAAGGUCGUGACACAGACUCACACACGUACAACAGUUUUUGGACUUGUGCUUCGUACAGCAGUUAAGUUUCUCAUCACUGCUUUAGAGGCCAGGCUGAAUUCAAUUUGUCAUAAAGAUAUGUGUACCAUAUCAUGGUGGGAAAUAUCUACAGGCCGCAUACAGUACAUGUGUGCAUAUAAGUGUGUGUGUGUGUGUGUGUGUGCUCUGUACAACAGCCAGUAGCUUCCUGUCACAUGGAGCUCAACAGAUGUUCCUUUAUCAUGCUAGAAACACGUUAAAUUCAUGUAGCGAUUACAUGUAUGGACAGUUCAGCUGACUGACGGUCUACAUGUGCCCUUAGCAAACCAGCCCCUAUAGAGACAGACAAGGCUACAUGUGCAGUAAAUUAUAUUCAUGAUAAUUACAAUGUGCUUCAGCUUUAAUCGGAGCCCUGAAUGAAAAGAGGUGGACCUUUGAAAGCAGCUGCCUUUGUCGUCAUGUGAACAGAUACCAAUGGUGGAUUUUUGGGGCUGAUAUCUUAAGCUGCUUUCAGACAUGCACUGAACUCCGGAUAAUCUCCUCACAUUCUCCGGAGGGGCUGAAUGAGAGAACGCAAAAGUCAGAGUGAGCGGCUCCAGACUUUUCCCCGGCCAGAACUCUGGAAACAUGUCACCAAAUGUCACAUAAUGGAAAAAAUACAAAUAUCUCAGGAUGAAAAAGCGGUGUCUUACACUUAGAGGACACCGACAAAGAUGUCAAGAGAGCGGAGUCGAUGUGCUGUAAACAAAAACACAUGAGCUCCGCAGCAGAAUUAAAACAUUACGUCCUACUUCUUCCACCCCCUCGCCUGAAUGGAGAAACUCUGGACCCAAUUGUGUGGACGUUCUCCGGAGUUCAUGUCUGAAAACGACUAGAUAGUAAAUGCUAUGACGUUGUAACUGCAGAUUGUUGCAAACAAACUAACAAUGACACUUGCUUUUACAGCAUUAUUACUGUAUAUAUAUUAACAUUAUUGGUCAACAACCCUUUGGUUAACCAGUCCAGUGCUGUGAAUAGGCAGACGUUUAUAUUCAUACCAUCAUGUGCUCAUUAAGAUCGUUUUCCACGUCUUUGUUCUUCUGUGCUUUCUCCUCUUGUUAGUUGCCCCUGUCGUUCAUUGCCCGCCGAUAUUUGCAUGUGACUUAUGUCAUGUGUUAAAGGAACUUUGUUUGGCGAAGCUCCAAUUAUGUGUCUGGACCAGAUUUGAGCAUGGCAAGGAAGGUGUC